UUAAGUUUUGUAAAAAUCUCCCUCUUUUUUUUCUUUGUUUUUUUGUUGUGCUUUGUUUUAGCUGGCAACUUCUGGGGCAGAACCAUGUCUGCUAUCUCUAGUUCUACAGACCCAUCCAGCUACGAUGGGUUUGGACCUUUUAUGCCCGGUUUCGAAGUGAUUCCAUACAAUGACCUACCAGCUCUUGAGCGGGCCCUUCAGGAUCCGAAUGUAGCAGCUUUCAUGGUGGAACCAAUUCAAGGUGAAGCAGGUGUGGUUGUUCCUGACAAAGGUUAUCUCGCGGGAGUGCGGAACCUCUGCACAAAACACAAUGUUCUGUUUAUUGCUGACGAAAUACAGACUGGUUUAGCCAGGACAGGGAAGAUGCUGGCUGUUGACCAUGAAAAUGUGAGACCUGAUCUCAUUCUUCUUGGAAAGGCCCUUUCUGGUGGCUUAUAUCCU